AACGCACUCAAGAGCUCGCACAGGGUCCAACCAACAGCCGGUUUACUGGGACUCAAGGCAAACACUGCCAUGGUAACCACCAAACUCAGUGAUACGAUGAAACACUGUUGCAGAUACACAUGCUCACAUACAGAAAGAAGAACUGAAGAAAGAAAAACAUUUAUGAGGUGAUUACAAAAGGCGGGAGGGUUUUUUAAAAAAAAUGCCGACCUCCAAAGUGUUGGCGGCGUCCAGCACUCUGCAAAGUUUGUCCCCGAAAAUGCCAGAGGGGUUCAAGAGCAAAGUGGUAGCACCUCGAAACCCCAAACUCGUCAAACACGAAGACCGACCCUUCAGACUGACUCCGUCCGCGUUUGCCCAGGAGAUGAGCCUGUCCACAGAGCAGCGACUGGCCAACACGCACCAGAUGUGUCCCCCUCGCAUCCUGGAGCUCUUGGACAUGAGCGAGACCACUCACCAGAAGUCCUCCUCGGUGGACGUGGACCAGCCCAUGUUCCAGCCCUUCCCCUCGGAGGUGGUUUUCCAGAAUUACUCCCCCUCGGAGACCUACCAGGUCCCGCUGGUGCUCCGGAACAAUGACAAGAUUCCUCGCCUGGUGAAGGUGGUGGAGGAAGGCUCUCUUUACUUCAAAGUGGUCAGCCCCCUGGACGUGUGCAACAAGGUGGCCCCAGGCAUGGCCUCCACCUUCACCAUCCUCUUCACUCCACAGGAGAACAAGGACUACGCCCACCGGCUGGUCUGUGUGACGGAGAGGGAGAAGUUCGAGGUGCCCGUCCGGGCCAUCGGCGCCCGCGCCAUCCUGGACUUCCCCGACCACCUGCACUUCCCGCUGAACGCCGUCAAGUGCCCCGCCCAGAAGACCCUCCUGGUGCGCAACAUCGGGGCCUGCGAGGCCAAGUUCCAGCUCCGCACGCAGAGCCCCUUCUCUGUGGAACCUUCCAUCGGUAACCUGGGGGUCGGAGAGUGCAUGCAGGUGACUGUGGAGUUCCUGCCCAAAACUACUGGGGACCACGCACAGGACCUGCUCCUACGCUACCAUACAGGCGAAGACGUCUACAUCAGCCUGUACGGAGGCGCCACCGACGUCAACGUGCGGCUGGACAGGAACUCCGUCAUCGUGGAGCGGACCUUCGUCUCCCUGGCCAACCAGCGCACGGUCGCCAUAGUGAACCGGAGCGAUGUCAUCGUCCACUACCAGUGGAAGAGCCAGGCCACUGAGGAAGAGGAGGCCCAGCAGAAACUGAGGUUGUGCUCAGAGCUGCAGAAGGAGGAGGAGGAUGAGAUGGACCAGUUCCUGUCGGAGUGCGGGGCGGACCCCACCCUGCGGGACCGCCUCUCCCUGCUGUCCCGCACCUUCCAGGAGCGCCGCCGCCAGCUGCGGGACGCCACGCCCCCCUUCUGGGACGAGCACAUCGCCCUCGAGCCCCUGGAGGGGGACAUUUGGCCCAACGGCACAGCUGAGGUGAACAUCGUCUUCAAACCGAGUCAAGCCAGGACGUACCAUCUGACCGUGUACUGUGACAUCACAGGGCGAGAGUCUCGCCUGCCCUUGCGCAUUAAAGGAGAGGGGAUUGGCCCCAAGCUGCAGUUUAACUUCCGCCUGCUGGACAUGGGGAACAUCUUCAUCGGCUCCAGGCACACCUAUGAGGUGCUCCUGUCCAAUAAGGGCCUGAUCGACGCCCCGUUUCGGCUGGUGCCCCCCGGCUCAGCCCUGGGGCGCUGCUUCAGUUUCAGCCCCAGCGAUGGGACGGUCCCCCCCGGGGCCUGCCACGCCAUGGAGGUCACCUUCUGCUCCCACACCCUGGCCGUCUUCACCGAGGAGUUCCUCUUCUCUGUGGAGGGAAACCCCCAGCCUGUCCCGCUCCUCUUCAGCGGGCGCGUGAUGGGACCCACGUUCCACUUCAGCGUUCCCCGGCUGGACUUUGGCGACGUGGCCUUUGGAUUCCCCCAGACGCUCACCUGCUGCCUGAACAACACCUCUCUGGUGCCCCUGACCUUCGGCCUGCGUAUCCUGGGCGACGGUUUUGGGGCCCCCAGCGUCGCCAGCGUGGACCAGGUGUCGGACCUGAACCGGAGAGAGUGGGGUACGGGCGGAGCGCUCGCCGAUCGCCCCGUCGAGUUCAGCGUGGCCCCCAGCUCCGGGACGGUGCGCCCUCAGGGGGUCCUCGACGUCAAGGUGACUCUGUGCUCCAACACUGUGCGCUUGUACAGUCUGGCCCUGGUGGUGGAUGUUCGGGGCGUUGGAGAGGAGGUGCUAGCCCUCCCCGUCACUGCGAGGUGUGUGGUGCCGUCUGUGCGGCUCGACCCCCCAGCGCUGGAGUUUGAGAGGUGCUUUCUGGGACACCCCUACUACCGGUCUGUGAAGCUGACCAAUGAGAGCGAUCUGCCCACCUGCUACGGCCUCCUGUCCCAGGAGUACGAGGAGAUCCCCUCCGUGCUGUACUCCAGUCCCCACCCCCGGGGAAUCCUGCCGCCCCUCAGCUCUGUGGAGCUUCCCCUGGUGCUGCAGGCCAAGGCCGUGCGCCACCUGCAGGUCACGGCUCGCAUUGCACUGUUCGGCAGCCAGGAGCCUCCACUGGACCUGCUCCUGUCCUGCACCGGAGAGGGCCCCGUGGUCCACGUCAGCGCCCCGGAGGUGGAUUUCGGCGCCGUCCCGGUCCUGACGGACGUCUCCCGGACGCUGCGGCUGUCCAACCAGUCCCCCGUCCCGGCCCGCUUCCAGGCGCAGAUGGUGCGCAGUAGGUCCCUCUGGCGGGUGGAGCCCAGCGAGGGGGAGGUCCCUCCAGAGGGGGAGGCGGAGCUGAGUCUGGUGGCUCACCUGGACGACACGCUGCGCUUCCAGGACAAGCUCAGCCUGGCCGUCCUGGACAGCCGCACCCACACCGUCCCCGUGAGCGCCAGCGGCAAGGGCACCACCAUCGUCUCAGACCGGCCCUUCGCACCCAGCCUGGACCUGGGGGCCCACUUCAGCUCCGGCCCCUGCCAGUACCACUUCCGGCUGACCAAUCGCGGCCGCCGCUCCCACCAGCUCUACUGGAUGACGGAGGGCUUCCCUCAGUUCCGUCGCCGGGGCAACCCGGCGUCCCACGGCAACGGGGCGCGGGAGGGCAGGCGCCGCGACCCUCUGCUGACCCCCCCGGUGCCCCCGGAGGAGGGGCCCGUCUUCAGCCUCCGCCCCCUGCGCGUGGAGCUGCCCCCGGGCCGCUCCGUGGACAUGGUGCUGGAGGGGUCCUCCGGCACCCCGAGGGUGGUGCAGGAGCGGCUGGUGUGUCAGGCCAUAGUGGGGCAGCAGAGCGGGAAGGACAGGAUCAUGACGGUGGACGUCCGCUGCCAGUUUGUGUCUCCCGUCCUGGACCUGUCCCCUAAGGAGCUCAGCUUCUACGUGGAGAAGGCCCCCGGCUCCUCCCUGGUCCCUCUCUUCCAGCCCCUGGUCCUGCGGAACGUGUCCUCCCUCCCCCUGUCCAUGGAUCUGGGCCUGGUCCAGCCCUUCGGCUUGUGUGAGCGCCAGGGCGACGACGCGAUCGUCACCUCAAAGUCCCUGGUCCUGCCCGUGGGGGCGAAGGCGGAGCUCUGGGUGCGCUUCGACCCCCGUUUCCGGCGGGACAGCGUGACCCGGGUGGCGGAGGAGGUGCUGGAGGUGCGGUACCGGGACCACCCGCAGCGGGACGCGGUGGGGCUGAGGGGGGAGGUGCAUUUUCCCAACCUGCGCUUCUCCAGCGAGCGGCUGGACUUCGGCUGCGUGCUGAACCACACCGAGAGCCAGCGGCAGCUCACCAUGACCAACUGCAGCCCGCUGCCCGUCACCUACCGCUGGGCCUUCCUGGUGGACCAGGACCGCUACACCAUCAGGUUUCCCAGGGAGACGGCCCAGGAGGGGCGUGGCCAAAGGACAGAGGGGAAGGGGAACGUGCGGUGGGACCCGCCCGAAAAGAAAGACGCGGACUUCAACCUCGACUCCAGCAGGGAAGUGGAAGCCCCCACGCUGCACUUGGAGGAUGAGAUGGAGGAGGGGGGCGAGAAGAACCCCGAAAAUGAGAUCGGGGGAGGGCGGGGCUCCCCAAUGGACACGCCCCCUCAUCGCAGCAGCCCUGUUCUUACCAAGGAGGGCAUGUCUGGGGGUGACCCGCAGGACCCCGCCCACCGAACUUCACCGGGCCCGGCGGCCCAGAGUGCCGAGGGGAACCGCGAAGCCCAGAGUCCCAGUGCUGAAGACCAGCCCGGUGUCGGAGUGGAACAGGUGUUCGACAUCCUGCCGAUCCACGGGGUCCUGCUCCCGGGCGAGAGCCAGCAGGUGUCCUUCACCUUCUACGGCCACGCCCACAUCAGCGGCCAGGCGCUGGCCCUGUGCCAGGUGGAGGGCGGGCCCACCUAUGAGAUCGCCCUGCGGGGGGAGUCCUCGCUGGCCAGCUACAGCCUGGACACCACGGAGAUCGACCUGGGCCUGCAGUUGUUUGACCGUGUGGCAGAGGCGGAGGUCACCGUGCGGAACACAGGGAAGGUGGGGUUGGAGUUCAGCGCCCUGCUGGGGGAGCCAGAUCUGCCCCCCGAGGAUCUGCUGCCCGGGGUGCCCCUGGUCGUCCCCCGCACGGGCCACAUACAGGCCAAUGCGGAGCAGAAGCUGACGGUGUACUACCUGCCGGGGGUCCCCGAGGUCUUCCACGCGACCUUUGACCUCCAGGUGUCCUUCUUCGAGGUGGAGACCGUCGCCCUGAGAGGAGAGGGGAUCUUCCCGCGCGUCUGCCUGGACCUCCCCAGAGACCUGGAGGAGGAGAGGUACGGCUCCGUGCUGAAGGAGGCCAGGGAGGCGCUGGAGAGGGAGCGGCAGAGGGAGGAGACGCUCAGCCGGCCCCAAACCGGAGGGGUGACCCUGUCCAUGGACGACUACGUCCCCACCUACGAUGCCCUGCUGCAGAUGGAGGUGGAGAGGCUGCUGGUGAAGGAGAACGCUGUACUCCUGGAGGAGGCGGAGGAGGAGAGCAGGGACACUCCUGGGUCCGGCAGCAGGUGGCGCAAGAGGCUCAGCAGGUUCGUGCUGCCCGAGUACGCGCUGGACUUCGGCUGCGUAAUCCACGGCGACGUGGCCACCCACAUCGUCAAGGCGACCAACACCGGCCCCGCCUCCGUCUCCUUCCGCGCUGACCGCCGCCUGCUGGCCAGCUCAGGGUUCAGCACAGAGCUGGACAGAGUGAAGAACUUGCCCUAUUGCGAGACGGAGACCUUCGAGGUGAAGUUCGACCCGCGUGGAGCUAACCUGGACCUGGGGGAGGUGGACGCCAUCAUGCCCAUCCAGGUGGUGGGCGGGCCUUGGGUGCAGGUGCGCCUGCGGGCGGUGGUGACCGCGCCCUCGCUCACCGUCUCCCGGGAGACGCUGCACUUCGGCACCAUCCAGUGCGGCCAGUGUCAGGUGAUCACCGUCCAGCUGUCCAAUCAGGAGCCGGUCCCCUGCGAGUGGAGUGUGGCCGAGGAGGAGGCGCCCAAAAAGAAGACGGACAGACACGUCCCCCUCCACCUGAGACGGAAGGCCCGGCAGGAGCCCAGGCCCCCCCCGGCGGCGUUCGAGAUGCUGCCCUCCGCCGGGCUGCUGUUGCCUGGCGACAGGGUCAACGUGCAGGUCAAAUUCAGCCCUGCGGAAGGGAAGGCAUACAGUCAGCGGCUGGUGCUGGCCGUGGCGCAGAGCACCCAGCGGCCCGUCCUAUUGGUCCAGGGGCAGGGGGAGGAGCCGCGGCUGGAGUUCUCGGCCCCCCUGCUGGAGCUGGGCCCCGUCCUGCCCUACAGCGCGGGCGAGGAGGGCGCGGUGCUGGUGCGAAACCCCUGCCCCUUCCCCGUGGAGUUCUACUCCCUGGAGUACGACACGCAGUACCUGGAGGAGGAGAAGAUCCUGCGCAUGAUGACGGGGUACGACGACAAAAACGUCCUGCUCUUGCCCCCGCGCGUCCCAGGGGAGGGGCUGCCGCCCGAGCUGCUGGAGCACUACAAGGACCAGAAUGCACUGCCUCCGCAGGAGGACCAGGGUAUGCUGGGAAAUGGAGGAAGGGAGCACCUGUUAGCAGUUACUUGCUAUAAGCUUACAGUACUCAGUUACAGGUGCCAGCUCAAGUCUGCCAAAGAGGGAGUGAGCCCUGUGGCCGGGGGGGAGGGCGGGGCCCUGGAGCAGGACGGGGAGACUGCCUCCCCUCUGCCCCCCCUGCUGGGGGACCCGUCCACUGAGGAGGACAAAACAGCGCCCCCUAAAGACGGCACGCCGAGUGGAGAGCUUCCCAGAGAGAGAGAGGGCAGUGUGGGCCGCGGGGCCGUGGGAGAGCUGGUGGCGAACCCCGUCUCCAGAGCUCUGGCCCGCCACAUGGGCCUGGACCUGUCCCCCGAGGGCCAGGCCGCCCGAAACCGGCUGGGCAUCUCCAUCAUCGUGCACGGGGCGCCCCUCUCCGGUAAGACGGCGACGGCGGUUGCCCUGGCGAAGCACUACGGCGCAGCGUGUCUGAGCGUGGACUCGGUGGUGCUGGAGGCCGUGUCCACCGGGGGCAGCAGGGCGGGGCUGCAGGCCAGAGAGCUGUGCGCCAGGGCAGCCCAGGAGCACGCUCAGAAGAGAACGGAGGAGACCGGGGAGGGGAUGGCUGCUGCAGCGCAGGGUGCGGGGGUCCUCAGUGUGGAGGCUCUGGCCAAACACACAGCGGAGGGCAGCCAGGGGAGCGAGCCCAAGGCCGGCCCCGCCUCCCUCUCCACCCGCAACAAGACCAGCGUCGCCGCGGGAAAGAAGACUGAGGGCUCUCAACCAACCAGCACCUCUCAGCCUGCGGACAGCGUGGCCCUGGGGGUGCCGGUGGCUCAGGUUCACAGGCGGCUGAGUGUGAGCGGCAGUCUGGCUGAAGACCAGGAGCUCAUGACCUGCCUGCUGCCCGAGGACCUGCUGGUGGACAUCCUCUCAGAGAGGCUGCAGCUUAGCGACUGUCACCGGGGCGUGGUGAUUGACGGCCUGGAGACGCCGUACUGUCGCUCGCUGGCCGACGCCCUGCAGUCCGUCCUGAAGGCGCUAAGCAACAGGCCCUUAAUCUACAUGGUCAACCUGUCCCACAGCUACCAGGCCCUGAAGGCCACUGAGAGAGCCCAGAGAGAGGCUGCAGAGCGGGAGCAGCGGGAGAGCAUGGAGAGGGAGAAACUGCGUCUGAAGGAGAUGGACGAGGAGGAGUACGACGCCCUGCCGGAGGAGGAGAAGGAGCGGGUGGACCUGCAGCACCUGGAGGAGCUGAGACAGAGGAGGCGCAGGGAGCAGGAGCGGAUGCAGCGUGAGCAGGAGGAGAGGAGGCAGCAGGAGGAGCAGGAGCGGCUGAGGGAGGAGGAGGAGCAGCGGAAGAGGAGCAAGAAAGGGAAGAAGGAGCAGCCCAAAGAGGAAGUGUCUGGGAAGAAGAGUCAGCUGGACAGGAAGCAGUCUUCUGUGAGUCUGCGCUGCGAGAGCAAGCUGGAGCCGCCGCUCAAGGACGGGGCGAAGCCGUCCACAGAGGGCGCCAGAGAGCCGGAGGACGCAAGCAGGAAGGGGAGGUCCAGGGAGGGGCAGGCGGGGUCUCCGCUGCCCAGUGAGGAUCCGGAGAGAGAGCAGAUGACCGAGGCAGACCGGCAGCUGCUCGCUCGGUUUCAGCAGUACGAGCAGAGCCAGGACCUGCUCAGCCACACCCUGCAGUACUGGGACCGUGCCAAGGCCCGCCUCUUCAUGGCUCCGCCCACCGAGGCCCCGCCCCCUGACCCGCAGGACUCCGCCCCCGAGCGCCACGCCCCCUCCGGCAAGAAGGGCAGGAAGGAGCGCGAGAGGGAGAGGGAGAAGGAGAGGGUGGAGAGGGAGAGGCUGAAGGCGGAGCUGGCCCCGCCCUCCCCGGCGUCCGCUCCGGCCCUCCUAUUGGGCGAGGCGUUGGAGGGGGCGGAGACAGAAGCCCCGCCCGAGGGCGUGCCCCAAAUCCUCCUGCCUGUCAGCGGGAGGGACCAUCCCAGCGGCGCCGAAAUCCUGGGGAGCGGGAAGCUGCCCCCCCUGGAAGAGGUGCUGGACGGCCUGGGACAGGGCCCGAAAGGCCCCCCCGUCCCCCCGCCCGUCAUCUACUCCGUGGUGCCGUACCCGGAGCAGCGAGCCCCGCCCAGUGCCCAGGAGGGCUCCGCCCACUUCACCUUCCUGGCCCCGCCUGUGCCGGAGGACCCUGCCGAGGACCGGAAGGAGGCGGAGCUUGAGCCCGAUAUACUAAGCUCCGCCUCCCUGGCAAAGGAGGACUCAGUGACGCCCUCCAGAGGCCGGGGGAAGAAGGGCGAGAGCGGGAGGGAGAGCCAGAGGGAGAGGAGACGCACGACAGGAAAGAGGAGCACGAGGAGCACGGAGUCGCGCUCCCCCACGCUGAGCACGGUCACGCCCCUGUCCGACACCGAGCAGAGCAGCCGAACCGCAGAGUCCCAGCAGGAGCAGAACCAGCGUUUGACCUCUUUCCGGUGGAUCGCCCCGCCCAAAGGGGAGGUGACUCUGAAGAUGGGCUUCCAUUCCUCCGUGCCGGGCAGGUUUGAGCAGACGCUGAACUUUGAGCUGACGGGCACCAGGAGGCGCUAUCAGCUGCACUGCAGGGGGGACUGUGCCUUCCCCGCCGUCAAUCAGGACUACAAGGUUGUGUUUGCUCAGAGUAAGAAGGCCCUGCAGUCUGAUGACUGCCUCCACAAGACCUAUGUCGUCCAGUCCGGGGUGUACGAAUUCGGCCCCCUGCUCUGCAGGAAGUCCCGGGACAGGUACAAGGAGGGCACGUACCCAGAGAACAUGGAGAAGUUCGUCAUGCACAACUGCUCCCAGCUGGACGCCGAGGUCCACUUCUGCUUCCAGCACGACACCAAGGCCACCACCUUCCUGCUGGACCCGCCCGCUAUGACCCUCAAACCCAAUGAGAAACAGGAACUGAAGGUUUGGGCGUACCCCACGGCCCCCGGGCUGUUUGAGGACCGCGUGGUGUGCUGUGUGAAGGACAAUCCCGACCCCGUCCUGCUCCCGCUGUCCUGCAGGGGGGUGCGUCUGGAGCUGGAGCUGGACCGCAAGCUCGUGCACUUCGACAAGGUCCUGCUGGGCAGGCGUGACACCAAGAGCCUGACCCUGCGCAAUGCCACGCCCCUGCCCGCCGCCUGGCGGCUGGUUGGCCUGGACAAGCUGGGGGAGGAGUUUAGCGUGGCGCAGGACCGCGGGGUCGUCCCGCCCCUCUCUGAGUUCUGCCUGCAGGUGCACUUCAGGUCCCUGAAGGCCGUCAACCUGAAAAGGGCCCUCGGCCUGGAGGUCUCGGACGUGGGGGGCAUUCUGGGCCUGGUCCAGACGGAGAACCUGCAGAUUUUGGCGGAGGCGUACGACGUGGCUCUGGACAUCUCCUUCCCCAAAGGUGCUGACGGAGGUCUGGACUUUGGGACCAUUAAAGUGUCAGAUGAAGCGAAGCUGUCUGUGAAUCUGAAGAAUAAAGGCAAAUAUGAGAUUGCCUUCAUGUUUGUACUGAAGUCCUCAGACCCCAGCCUGCCGGACCUGAGCUCCAUGUUCACCAUCACGCCCCAGAAGGGGUCCCUGAACCCCAACGAGCGCCCCACUGCCGUGCAGAUCCUCUUCCGGCACGGGCAGGAGGUGUGCGUCCGAGAGCAGCAGCUCCUGCACUGCCAGGUGAUUGAGCCGAACAUCGCGGAAGGGGGAGAGACCAUCGCCUGCAUCCCCAUAAAGGUGUCGGUCCAGUCCCUGUUCGCCAAAUACAGCAUCCUGCCCUCGACCGACAUCAACUUCGGCCCGCUGGUCUGCGGCAGCCGCAAGGCACGCACCUUCACCAUCGAGAACAGGGGCCACUUCGAGCUCCGCUUCGUCAUCUCCAGGAUGAGCAAGGACCAGCCGCUGGCCACUCAGAAGAAAGGCGUUGGGACAUUCAAACGAUCUCGGUCCCGUGAGAGCCAGUCCAGCAAGAACAGCAAGGUGCGCCGCCACGACUCCCUCCAGAAGGAGAUGGGCGCGUCCGCACAGGCCCGCGUCACCAUGGGGGUGUUCACGGUGUCCCCCGGUUUCGGGGCCCUGGGCCCCGGGGCCCAGCAGGUGGUGACGGUGGACUGCGUGGCAGACCAGACGGGCCGGUGGGAGGAGUUUCUCGUCCUGGACGUCGCCGACCGUGACCCCGCCGACCACCCGGACGGCGCCCCCUACCGGCUGGUGGCCGAAGUGUGCGUUCCAGAGAUCCUGUGCAAGGACUUUAGCUCGAUCUUCGAGGAGCACAGGAUCUGCGAGAGCAGCCGCUUGCUGCACUGCGAGCAGUACAGGGAGGCCGCGGGGGUCUACCUGCAGGAGGAGAACAGGUUCAUCUUCAACAACGUGCUGGUGGGCCGGCCCGCCAAAGCUCGCUUCCGCAUCACCAACACGGGCAAGGUGCCCUGCGACCUGAACCUGACCGUCAAGUCUGCCCUCACCAAGAAUCAGAUGCGCAGCGGUGACGUGUUCGAGGUGACCCCUGCCAGGAUGAGCAUCCCCAGCCACUCGCAUGCCUUCGCUGUGCUCACCUUCUGCCCUCAGGCCAUUCAGUCCUACAGCGCUGUGCUGGAGGCCUCACUGGAGGGUCCGCCCAGCGUGCUGCAGAUGGCGAAGUGUAAGGGGCUGGCGUUCGACGUGGCGGGGGAGGGGAACCUGCCGUGCGUGAGCGUGGUGCGGCCGGCCCUCCGGGGCCAGCAGGGGGCGCCGCUCCUGCAGUUCCCGCGCGUGCUGGCGGGCCGCGCCCACGUCCUGCCGCUGGUGCUGAGGAACGACGGGACCGUGCCGGCGCAGGUGAACAUCCAUCUGCUGGACAAAAUGGGCGUGUUCACCCUGAGGGCCUCCCCGAACACCGUCUGCACCUCCAUGGCCUCUUCCGUCCUGCACGGCGACCACGGGGCAGACAGACAGGUGGCGCACACGGCCUCCCUGGUGCUCGUCGCGGGCCAGCAGGCGGAGUUCGAGGUGGAGUUCCGGCCCGCUUCUGCGCAGACCUUCGAGUCCACCAUGGACCUGCUGGUGGCGGACAACCAGUACGAAGAAACGGUGGUGCGUCUGAUGGGAGAAGGGUACUGUGACAUCAUCACCUUCGACAACAUCGGCAGCAGACCCCAGCAGGAGCAGGGUUCGGCGGAGGACCUCAGGUCUGACCUGCUGAACUUCGGAGACUGUCACGUGGGCAGCCCCUACCAGCAGACCUUCACCCUGACCAAUCACAGCGGCUCGGAGGCGCUGAGGUUCGAGUGGCCCGCCGACGCCGCGCAGGUCCGCUUCUCCCCGCAGGUGGGCCACCUCCACGCGGGCUGCGCCAAGGAGGUGACGGUGACCUUCUGCUCGGACCAGCCCCUGGUCCUGGAGGCCCGGCCCGUCCGGUGCAGGGUCUGCCGGAUCUCCUUCCCCCGGCCCGUGGACCAGGUGCCCGACUGGGACGACCGGCAGAGAACCGUCAAGUGGGUGGACGCGGGGAAGCAGGGUCCCGCCCAGGCGCCGGCCAAGAGGAAGGUGCUGGAGACGGACCCCGAGCCGGAGCACUCUGUGCUGGACGGCUCCUCUCGCGAGCUGGAGCUGCUGAUCAGCGCCGUGUGUGACCACGCCCAGUUCAGCUGCCCGACCGACAGCAUCCGCUUCAGAGACACACUGCUGUACCAAACCCGAGCUUUCCAGAUCCAAAUGUGUAAUGAGGGGAAGGUGCGGCUGGACUUUUCCUGGCAGGUUCUAAUGGAGAGGUGUGGGAAGAGCGUCAGCUUCGACCGCGGAGAUGAGGUGCAGGCGGGGGCGCGGGGGGGCAGUAGGACAGCUCUGCGCCCUGCCACAGCCGGAGCCCUGGAGAGCCUGUCCUCCCUCCUGCGGGGCGACCCCAGCCUGCCCCCCUUCUCCGUGGAGCCCAGCGGGGGCUCCAUCAGCCCCGGUAGCACCCAGGCCUUCUGCGUCACCUUCUCCCCUCUGGAGGUGGCCGAGUUCGAGGGCCGGCUGGUCUGCAGUAUUCCUAACUUGAAGGAGGAGCCGGGCCCCACCCUGGCGGUGAGUGGGCGGAGCCUGCUGCCGUACUGCCACUUCCAGCUGGAGGACUCGGACUACCUGAGCAGCGGGCGGCGCGACCCCGAAACGCGGGCCCCCCGCGGGGCACCCCCGAAGGGCACGCUGGACCCCAACACCAGGGUCAUCGAGAUCACGUCUGUGGGCGUCGGGACCCCCGUGUCCAGGGUGUUCGGGGUACUGAACCCCACCCGGAAGCCCUACUCCUUCAGCUGGAGGUGUGAGGACGGCUGCCCCUCCCCCUUCCGCUGCCCCGCCCCCAAAGGCUCCAUUCAGCCGGGGAAGAAGGUGGAGGUCUGUUUUGUGUUCCUGGCGCGGGAGCUGGGCACGGUGGAGUCCUUCUGGACCUUCCUGAUCGCGGAGCAGGGCAUCUCCGUGCCCUUCCUGCUGGUGGGCACCGCCCGGGAGCCCGCCGUGUACCUGGACCGCGCCCACCUGCACCUGGGCAGCCUGCUCGUGGGUCGUGAGGUGUGUGAGACGGUGUACAUGGUGAACAGAGAGGACGUGCCCUUCCACUUCUCCAUCCGCGAAAACUCCCGCCACUCCGAGGCCUUCCGGGACAGCCUGCUGCUGGAGCCGCUGAAGGGCACCGUGCCGCCCCGGGACAGGGUCCCGGUGUCCGUGUCCUUCGGCCCCGCCCGGGAGGGCUCGGCGACCUUUAACCUGGUGUGCGACGUGACGGGGAAGGUGCAGCCGCUGUCGCUGAACGUGAAGGCCGAGGGCUACAGCAUGAGCGCCUGCGUGCGCUGCGAGGGUCCCGCGGGGGGCGUCACCGAGCUCCGCCCCGGCGCCACCCACCAGGUGGACUUCAGACAGGUGGAGCUGAGCGAUAAAUCAUCUUGUCACUUCCUGGUGUCGAACCCGGGCAAGUACAGCCUGGAUGUUCAGUACGAGCUCUGGGGCCCGUCGGAGCUGCAGCGCCACCUGCUGGUUGAGCGGGAGAUGGACAGCGUGGCGGUGGGACAGGAAGUCUGCUGCACCGUCACCUUCUCCCCCCAGCAGAAAUGUGUGCUGAAGAACACUGGCCUCUCAAUCAGGAUAAAGAACGGUCCUAUGUUCUCCUGCUCCCUGUCGGGAGCAGCUGUGCCCCCCGGCCUGGACUUCUCCUUCCUCAAACACAACUUCGGGAUGAAGUUCAUCUACCAGGCUGGGAUGGUGCCCGCCUCCCACACUCUGGUCAUCGCCAACAAGGGGGAGAGAGGAGUGAGCCUGGACUGCCUGUUCUCCAACACCGCCUUCCUGGAGGUGGGCUUCCAGCCGGAGGUGCUGCCCCCUGGUGGAGCGGUGGAGGUGCCCUUCACGUUCUAUCCGCGGGAGGCCACGCGGUACCAGGAGAAGGUCGUCUUCCAGAUCAACGACUGCGCCAGGCAAGCGGUGGAGGUCCUGGGCCAGGGAGUGGAGAUGCAGAUCGCCGUGGAGGACCCCAGGCACAAGACGGUGAACCUCGGGGUCAUUCAGGUCGGCCAGAAGACCAAGAGAGUGAUCCCAUUGGUCAACAGCAGCCCCAUGCCUCUGACCUUCACCUUGACCUCCAGCCCCUCCUUAGAGGCGCUGCUGGACUCAAAGGUGCUGUCGGUGAGCCCGGCGGAUGAAGUGACCCUCCGGGGCAGCGGGGGGCGCUGUUUGGUGGAGGUGCAGUUCUGCCCCAGGCAGCGCAUGCCCCCGUUCCGGGAGGAGCUGCAGCUGGAGUGCCUGGGGACGGUGCGCCCCCUGCUGGUCCUGAAGGGCUGCUGCCAGGGCAUGGAGAUCAGCCUGGACCAGGACUACGUGCCCUUCGGAGCUGUGGCACAGCGUUGCCAGGCAACCAGGCGCAUCGUCAUGUCCAACACUGGGGACGUGGGAGCCCGAUUUAAGUGGGAUGUGAAGAAGUUCUCCCCACACUUCUCCAUCAGUCCCGCAGAGGGAUAUAUCUGUCCUGGGAUGGAAGUGCCGUUCGACGUGACCUUUGCCCCCAUGGAGCUUAGCCAGGACGUCCGCUGUGACAACCUGCCCUGCACCCUCGAGCGGGGGGCGCCCCUCAAACUCACUCUGGUGGGGUCCUGUGUCACCUCUCCCAUCACCAAGGAGGUGGUGGCAUUUGCGUGCGCGGUGCGCUCCCAGCACACGCAGGCCCUGUCGCUGUGCAACCGCAGCGGGCAGCGCUGGAGCCUGUCGCCGGCGAUCGAGGGCGAGCACUGGAGCGGCCCGUCCGCCGUCGUCAUGGAGCCCCACCAGCAGAGCCACGCCUACGAGAUCACGUACCGGCCGCUGGUCAUGACCACCGAGGGCAAGAAGCACCAGGGCUCUGUGUUCUUCGCAUUCCCGGAUGGGACGGGCGUGCUAUACACUCUGCUGGGUACCGCCGAGCCCCCAAAACCUGCAGGCACCAUCAGCCAUGAAAUGCCCUGCAAGACCCCGUACACGGAGCUGCUGCCUGUCCAAAACUGGCUGAACAAGCCCCAGAGGUUUCGGGUGGUGGUGGACAUGCUCAAGCCGGAGCGGGCGGACCCUACGGUCACACUGAAGGGGCUGGACUACCUGGACGUCCCGGCCCUCAGCAAGAGGGACUACAAGCUGUCCUUCUUCUCCUACAAAGAGGGCCUGUUCAGCGCCAAGGUGACGUUCCGGAACGAGGCGACGCAGGAGUACCUGUUCUACCACGUGACCUUCAGGGCGACGGCGGCGGGCGUGGUGCGGGCGGUGGAGAUGGCCACGGCUGUCCGGCAGACGGCCGCCGCCUCGCUGACGGUGGAGAACCCGCUGCCCGCCGCCGUCUGCUUCGCCACCGAGUGCCGCUGCGCCGACAUCAGCCUGCCCCCGCAGCUGCCCGUACCGCCACUGUCUGCAGGCACCCUGAUGUUUGAGUACCAGCCGCUGCGGGAGGGCGAGUCCACUGCCCGGCUGACCCUGCACUGCGCAGAGCUGGGCCACUUCCACUACGAUCUGCUGCUGCGGGCCACGCCCCCGCCCCCGGAGAGGCCCCUCCUCUUCCGCGCCCCGCUGGGCGGUGCCCACGCCGUCAGCGCCAAGUUCACCAACCACGCCCGCGCCAAGACCGAGUACACCUGCAAGACGGACAGCCCAGACUUCACCACGGAGAGGACGGUCACCGCUCCAGCUGGGCUCCAGGGCGGGACAGAGGUCAGCGUGGAGGUGUGCUUCGAACCCUGCCAGCUGGGCGAGAGCCGCGCCCUCCUCACCCUCUCCUCCAGCGCCGGGGGCGAGUACCAGAUCCCCCUGCAGGGCUCCUGCUACCCCCCGAAACCGCAGGGCCCCUUCUCCGUCCGGGCCGGCUCCAGCGUCUCCAUCCCCUUCAAGAACGUCUUCCCCCAGCCCACCGCCUUCUCCUUCCAGGUGGACAACCCCGCCUUCGUGGUCAGGGGCGCCGACGUCAUCCGGCCCAAAAAAACCCACAGCGUCCUGGUGUCCUUUGAGGGCCCCCCCGCGGGCCCCACCGCGGGGUCCCCGUCGGGCCCCCAGGGGCCCUGCAGCGGCAGGCUGACCAUCUCCAGCCCCCGCAGCGAGGGCCACGGUCAGGGCAUCUCCUGGGUGUACUACCUGAAGGGCCUGUGCCCCGAGAGCCCGCAGCGGGACAAGACCUAGAGCUCCCCGUGGGCCCCUCCCCAAAAACACCCCCACCAACCGGAGCAGGCGUGGGCAGGGGGAUAGCUAGGAAUUCUGGACCCCCCUGAAAGAAUAUUGCUCUACCCCCCCCCACCCCCCGUUUUUUUAAUAAAACAAAUUUUAAAAUCUUAGCUGUGGGCCCCAAGAAUUGUCACCACCUUUCACCCCACUAACAAACAGCCUUGCGUAUGGGUUAAAUAAGAAAUGUGAACUCUGUAUUUAUAUGUGGUGUCCCUGUUAACUUUCCAGGAAGUGCGUCACCAGAUAAACCUUGCAACCGAGUUUUGUCUUGAUAUUAGUGAAAAUAUAUCUUUCUUUUAGAAUCGUUAGUUAUCUGCAGGAGUUGUACUGAUGUCUGACGGGUUAAAGUGUUUUCACAUAAAGCAUUUUACUCAGAGACUACAUCAGUCACGCAAGUCAGUGUCAUGGUUCCUCACUAGUGUGCUUAGAUGUACGUUUAUGUUGGGCAUUGAGGAUUUUUAAAAUUAUUUAUAAAUAAGUCUACAUUCAAAAGAACCUUAUUUGCAUUUCAGAUAUAUUUUUGAGCAACUUUGAUGGCAUUGUAAAUAUAAAUGUAAUUAGAUUUUUCAUUUCAUGUGUGGAAAAAUUAUGUGAGGCUCUUUGUGUAGAUUUUUGUAGUACAUUCAAAACUGUAUAUGUUUAAAUUGCAAUUCAUUUUUGUCUUUUGCAGAUAGCUGAAUAAAUAUUCCUAAAAAGUU